CAAGCACUUAAAAAUUGUAAAGGAAAAAUUAUACUCUCUCUAUCCCAAAAUUAUUGUCUAGUUUGAGAUUUCACUUUUAGUACAAUUUGAAUUAAAAAUGAAAACUCAAACUGAACGGAGAGAGUAUUUGGAAAAAUAUGGAACACUUGUCCCAAUUAUAAGCAUUGGAACACGUGUCCAACUACAUCAAUGAAACAUCAAGGAAGAACAUGGAAGGCAGCGGUUUAUAAAGAGGAGGCAGCAGAGCGCAUUCUUUCACUAACACCGAUUGUAAGAAGGAAGAACAAAGGCAUUGGGCGUAUCGAUAGAGGAUUUGGUAGCUUGCAAUUUCAUGAGGUGAGUAUUCUUCUAUUCCAACUUUUCUUUUUUCUUUUUUUAAUUUUUGUUUUUUUUUUUUUUUGAUAUGAGAAUACUGGUUGAUCGUAUCACUGUACUUGAAUAUACAGAAUCUAUGCUAGAUAAUUAUCAUUACUUUAGUUGAUUGGUUGGUGCUAAAUGUUUUCACACCAUAUCGAAGGAUGCCAAGUUGCCAACACAGCAGUGUGCGAACUAAGAACGAACUGAUGAAUGAUAUGGUUCUUACAGAAACCAACAAUCACACUAAUUUCAACACAAUAAUAAAUCGACAUUUUAUUGAUGAUACUUUCUUGGUCUCAAGUAAACUUCUUCAAACAGCCCCCACACACACACAAAGAAAGAAGAAUAAGCCUAUUCAACUGAGUUAACACAAUGCGUGUUGGUUGGUAUGAGAAAUCGACGAUGUGUUUUAGCCAUAAUUUUACACUUACUGCUGGUUCAAAUACCCCCCAUAAUAACAAAUGUUAAAUAAAGCAGAUAAUUACCUACGAAAAUUCUUUUCUGUAGACGUUUUAUAAUUCUACUGUUUACCUUCGUCCCAAGAGCUCUUUGAGUCCUUGUAUCAAAAGCUCUUUGUUGUAACUUUCGUACGUUAUUUAUUGUAGAAAAAUAGUUAGCAUUAAUGUUUCAAUUAUGGUCAACUCGAUGAAUACAUAACUACUAUUAAUUAUUCAGAAAAAUUUUAAGUGUGCAGUCUGUUUAAGUGUUUUUUAUUCAAAACGGUUGUAUACUUUUAUUUCAUUUUAUGACGAUAUUUUAGUCAUCUUAAUCACAUUAAUUUAUGAAACUGAUUUUUUUAUUUGGAUAAAAUUUUGUAUGUAAUCAUAUUAUUUUUAUGGAAAAUAAAGAGCAUACAUAAUAGCAACAUACUAUAAAACAAUCAUUUUUAAUUUUGGUUGGGGACAUGGGGUGCUCUAACUAAAACAUACCUUUCACAGGACAGAAUCACUCACCAGAUACUAUUCUCUCUCACCUCAACCUAAAAAAAUGAAUGCUAGGGCCAAUCUCCAACCAAAAUGAGAAGAUAUUUUGUUGAUUUGGUUGGUUAGUAAUUAAAGGGUUUUUUAGAGUUAUGUUAAUGGACUACCUUCGAGGAGAAGAAUAUGGGCUUAAACAAUUUAUUCGUUGAUGAGAUGAUUUCUUAUUCUACCUACAUCCCUGAUCCCACCAAAAAAAAUGGCACUUUGCUCUCAGAUUCUUAUUUGAAUUGCUUGCACUUCGCAGUAGCAGCCUAAUCAGGCUUUACAUGAGGACACCAUUAUUAAAAUGGUACUAUCUUAAAAAAAAUGAAAAAUAGGACAAAAAAGUAUAUUAUUAUAAUUAUGUAAAUGGCAGACUAAUUUAUUGCUGCAGAAGAACCAUUUUUCCUUUUGUGUCUUCCAGAGUUCCAGUGAGUUCACUCCCAAAACCAAAAACCCAUUAAGAUGUCAAGUUGCGGAUUAUAAGUGCAAUUCAAUCAGUGGAACAUAUUCGUUCGAAAAGAUAAUCGAUAGUGCACAACGCACACACAUCAAAAGUUCGAAUAUAUAUAUAGAGUGGAGUGAUUCUGGGUGCCCAAUAUGAUCUCUGCAGAGAGCUCCGAUCCUCUGCUCCCGUACAAGAUGGAGGUGGAGAAAGCAGAGUCCCCAACCACAAGGAAGAAGAAACCCGGGGGAGCCAAGAUCACCGCAUGUAUUCUUGGUGAGUUUUUGGUUUAAUGACUUCAUUCAGUUGAUCGUUCUUUUGCUGAUUUGCUUGGGUUCUGGAUCGAAUAUGGGUAUGUUUUAAUUUAGCCAGUUUGAUGGAAAUUGAUCUAAAUGAGCUUGAAUGUUUGAUGAUGAUUAAAAAGUUGUGAGGAACUUGCAGUGAGAACCAACAGUAUCUCUAUCUUAGCUAAAAUGAAAUAUACUUCCCUAUACGAAAAUAAUUGUCUAGCUUGGAUUUUCGUCUUUAUUACACUUUUAACUGAAGUUGAAGAUCCAAACUGGACAAUAAUUUCCGGAUGGAAGAAGUAAUUAGUAAUGUGCAGUGGGAAGUGAGAACUGAGAACUAACUGCAAAAGUGAGAACUGAGAAAACAUAACACGUCUGUUGUACUAUACAACAACCAACUCAAAAACAUAACAUAUCAUAUCCCCAAAGUGGUGCCAAAUUAAAUUAUUUACUUAUUUAUUUUUGGUUCCUCUUACCAUGUAUCAGAUGUGCCAAUCUAGGUGGUAUUUAGUCAGAUGUAUAUGUGGAACAUUUUCAUUGGUCUCGCGUUUGAAUAGGUGCGAAUGUUGUUUUUGGAAUGUACAGUAAAUUGUUCUGAAAGUGUAAUGUGAUUUAUCUUGGCAGCGGUUGAAUUCUGCGACAGAUUAGCAACUGCUGGAUUUCAAGCUAAUAUGAUAACAUACCUGACCAAAUAUCUUAAUCUUCCUCUGGUUAAGGCUUCAAACAUCAUUACCAUCUUCUCUGGGACUGCUCAUUUCACGCCUGUCGCCGGGGCUCUAGUUGCUGACUCCUUUGCCGGCCGAUUUUGGACAAUUCUUUCUGGCUCAUUGGUUUACUUUUUGGGAAUGAUCACCAUCACGAUUUUUGUUUUCAUACCAGCAUUUCGUCCUCCUCCAUGUCCAACUCAAACAGAUUGCAAAGAAGCAUCAAACUUCCAACUUGGGAUACUCUACGUUGCCCUGUUUUUGCAAUGUAUUGGAUCUGGUGGCAUCCGGCCAUGUGUCGUAAGCUUUGGAGCAGAUCAAUUGGACAUGUCCAAAGCCAAAGUAGAGGCCAGAAAAUGGAAUCUCUUCAAUUGGUACUACAUGUCAUUAGGAUUGGCAUCAUUGAUUGCAAUAACUGUUUUAGUAUAUGUCCAAGACAAUGUAGCUUGGAGUUGGGGCCUUGGGAUUCCAACGAUUGCUCUUGUUUUAUCGAUAAUAGUCUUUGUGUUGGUAUCUCCUUUGUAUGUAAAAUUAAGACCGCAGGGAAGUCCAUUCACUAGAUUGGCACAGGUAAUUGUUGCAGCAUUCAGGAAGAGGAAUGUUGCCGCACCAAGUGAUCCUAGUCAACUGUAUGAGAAUACUGAGCUUGAUGCUGCUAUAUCUUUGAAUGGGAGGCUGCAACACACAAAUCACUUCAGGUGGCUAGAUCGUGCAGCCACAGUAACUGAGGCAGACAUUGAUGGGUUGAACAGACCAAAAGCGUGGAGAUUAUCUACAGUCCACCGGGUUGAAGAGCUCAAAUCCGUGAUUAGGAUUUUGCCUAUAUGGGGAGCAGCAAUUCUCGUAUUCGCAUCUUACGCCAACCAGCACAGCUUUGCUGUCCUGCAAGGUCGUACAAUGGAUCGUCAUUUGUUUGGCUCUUUCUCAAUCCCAGCCGCAAGCUUGACUAUCUUUGGUAUUGCUGGUUUAUUCAGCGGAGUUUUUCUAUAUGAGCGCAUUUUUGUCCCCUGUGUUCGUCGAUUCACGCACAAUCCCACCGGUAUCACACACCUUCAGAGAAUUGGAAUCGGCCUUGCACUCAACAUGAUGGUUAGCAUUAUAGCAGCACUGGUUGAGAUCAAGCGAAAACAAGUGGCUGCAGCUCAUGAUCUGCUUGACAAGCCAAAUGCUGUCAUCCCGAUAACCAUAUUUUGGUUGAGUCCACAAUUUUUCAUACAUGGACUUGGUGAAGUGUUCUUGCACGUUGGACUAAUGGAAUUCAUUUAUGAUCAAUGCCCUGAGAGCAUGAAAACCACAGCGAUUGCCCUUUACUCACUGGCGUUAUCAUUGGGGGAUUAUUUGGGUACGUCAAUCGUUGCCUUCGUGCACAACCAUUCUAGUACGGAAGCCUGGUUGCCCAAAGGAAAUCUUAAUAAGGGAAAACUGGAAAAUUAUUACUGGCUUGUGACUGGAAUCCAAGCUGUGAAUCUCAUCUAUUAUGUAUUAUGUGCUUGGCGUUAUACCUAUAAGCCCUUGGCUUUACACUCAACAUGAUGAGAUGUGUAGAAUCUUUGAGAUAUCAUUUCAAGGAAAAUGUAAUUUAAGUUAAACAUCCAUCAUUCCUGAUUGGUAAAUAUGAUAUUUCCCUAUGAAGCUUUUGGAUGUUUUCAAGCAUUUUUUGGAGAAAGAUUUAAUGUUGUUAGACUCGAAAUUAGAAAUUAAUACACUCUAAUCCGG